CACAAAGCAGUCGUGCUCUUUCUUCAAAAUUUAUGGAGAACAAGGGGUGUAGAGUUUCCCUAAUCAUGGAAUUUUUCUUCCUUUUCGCUCUCUUUUUCAUGUGUGAGAUCUCCGGUAGCGUCGCUUUUCAACAGAUAGCGGCAGAAAAGAGCAUGUUAAAGACUUAUAUUGUCCACGUAAAUGACCCCGUGGGUAAAUUUUCUGCACAAUCGGAGGCUUUGGAGAGCUGGUACCAGUCCUUUUUGCCGGCCAGCACUGAAUCCGAAAAUCAACAGCAGCGUUUGCUUUAUUCAUAUCGGCAUGUGAUUAGUGGGUUUGCAGCGAGAUUGACGGAGGAGGAGGUUAAAGCAAUGGAAAAGAAGGAUGGGUUUGUUUCGGCCACGCCAGAAAAAAUUUACCAUUUGCAUACAACUCGCACCCCUGGUUUCUUGGGAUUGCACAAUAGGUCGGGGUUCUGGAAAGGAUCCAACUUCGGUGAAGGGGUCAUUAUUGGAAUAUUGGACACAGGAGUAUAUCCACAACACCCUUCAUUUAGUGACGAAGGAAUGCCGCUCCCACCUGCUAAAUGGACGGGAACCUGUGAAUUCAACGGGACGGCCUGCAACAACAAGCUCAUCGGUGCCAGGAAUUUUGACAGUCUGACCCCGAAACAGCUACCUAUUGAUGAAGAGGGCCAUGGCACCCACACGGCAAGCACUGCCGCGGGAAAUUAUGUGAAGCACGCCAAUAUGUAUGGGAAUGCCAAAGGCACUGCUGCUGGUAUUGCACCUCGUGCUCAUGUGGCAGUAUAUAAAGUAUGUGGUUUAUUGGGCUGCGGCGGAAGUGAUAUUUUAGCCGCAUAUGACGCUGCCAUUGAAGACGGUGUUGAUGUGCUUUCUCUCUCCCUCGGUGGAGAGUCUUCUCCUUUCUACGAUGACCCGGUUGCUCUGGGUGCCUUUGCUGCAAUUAGGAAGGGAAUUUUUGUUAGCUGUUCUGCUGGGAAUAGUGGGCCAGCCCAUUUUACACUCUCAAAUGAGGCACCAUGGAUUCUCACCGUAGCUGCAAGCACCCUGGAUAGAAGCAUAACCGCGACAGCAAAGCUUGGAAACACGGAGGAAUUUGAUGGGGAAUCGCUUUACCAGCCAAGAAAUUUUUCUUCCAAACUAUUGCCUCUUGUAUAUGCCGGGGCGAAUGGUAACCAAACAUCUGCUUAUUGUGCGCCGGGAUCCUUGAAAAACCUUGAUGUCAAAGGAAAGGUAGUUGUUUGUGAUAGAGGUGGAGAUAUAGGCAGAACUGAAAAAGGGGUGGAAGUGAAGAAUGCUGGUGGUGCUGCCAUGAUCCUGGCCAAUAGCAUUAAUGAUAGCUUCAGUACAUUUGCCGACCCUCACGUUCUUCCUGCAACACAUGUGAGUUACGCAGCGGGUUUGAAGAUCAAAGCUUACACGAAAUCAACAUCAAACCCUUCAGCUACAAUCCUAUUCAAGGGUACAAAUGUCGGAGUCACAUCUGCUCCUCAAAUCACGUCCUUUUCCUCAAGAGGACCCAGCAUUGCAUCCCCGGGCAUUUUGAAACCCGACAUUACCGGACCUGGUGUGAGCAUUCUAGCAGCAUGGCCGGCCCCUCUCUUGAACGUCACUGGCUCAAAAAGCACAUUCAACAUGAUUUCUGGCACAUCAAUGUCGUGCCCUCAUCUUAGCGGUGUCGCAGCUUUGCUCAAAAGCGCCCAUCCUAACUGGUCACCUGCUGCCAUUAAGUCUGCAAUCUUGACUACUGCUGAUACACUAAAUUUGAAAGACGAGCCCAUUUUAGAUGAUAAACAUAUGCCUGCCGACCUAUUUGCAAUCGGUGCUGGUCAUGUCAAUCCAUCAAAAGCAAAUGAUCCCGGACUCAUUUACGACAUCGAACCUUAUGAUUACAUACCCUACUUGUGCGGUUUGGGUUACACUAAUGCUCAGGUAGAAGCUAUUGUAUUGCGCAAGGUGAACUGCUCUAAGGAAUCAAGUAUACCUGAGGCAGAGCUAAAUUAUCCUUCAUUUUCAAUUGCUUUGGGCUCCAAGGAUUUGAAAUUUAAGAGGGUUGUCACGAAUGUAGGCAAGCCUCACUCGUCUUACGCUGUGAGUAUCAAUGCACCAGAAGGAGUCGAUGUGGUGGUUAAGCCUACUAAGAUCCAUUUCAACAAAGUGUACCAGAAGAAAUCGUACACAGUCAUCUUUAGGAGUAUAGGCGGGGUUGAUUCUAGGAACCGAUAUGCGCAAGGAUUUCUCAAAUGGGUCUCUGCCACACACUCUGCCAAAAGUCCAAUAUCUGUUACGUUUGAAUGAAGAAUAGGUGCCUGUAGUUGUAUAUAGGAAUUGAUUUGUGGAGGGAUUUUAAUUCAUGCAACCAACAAGCAUUUAAAUAAUGAAGG